CCUCCCCUUGAUCCUUGCCCUUUUUUGAAACGCCUUUGCCAGCUGGCAGCCAAAAAUAGCUUCCAUUCCACACCAUAUUUGUGCAAGAGACCAGAAGUGACUUGGAAGCCGUUCAGGCCUCCUGUGUUGCUGCUGAAACAUACCAUACCUUCUCCCUACAGCCACUCAGUGGCAAUGCAUAUCACACAGAUGAAUUGGGAAUGCCUUCUGCACAUCUUCUCCUUUUUGGAUAAAAAGAGCAGGAAAAAUUUAGCCCAGACUUGUGUUAAGUUGUUCAGGGUCUUUCAGGAUCCCUCGUUAUGGCCUCUGCUGCAUUUUCAUUCUCCUGCAGAACUGACCAAGAACAACUUUGUUCUGGGACCAGCCUUGCGCCACCUCUCUAUCUGCUGGCAUUCCAGCCAAGUCAAAGUGUGCAACGUUGAGAACUGGAUGAAGAGCACCUUGCAGCAGAACAUCUGCAAGACCCACGAGCACAUAGUCAAUAACUUUUUACAAGAAGUUUGCAACAGAUGCCCAAACUUGCUGUCUUUGAUGCUGUCUGGAUGUGGCCAUGUCACAGACGACUGUAUCACGCUGCUUCUGAUGAGCUGCUUCUGUCUGAACACUCUCCAACUUGAAAACUGUGUCCAGAUAACUGACCAGACUUUGGAAGCUGUAAUCCUCUACGCUAAGUCUUUAGAAAUUUUACAUGUGGACUUCUGCAGGAAUAUAACUGAGGCUGGUUUGCAGCAAGUCCGUAAAAAUCGUCCAUUGCUCUCUCUAAAAGCAGAGAGAAGUGCAGACAUGAUCCCAGACAAAAAGCCAGGCAGCAACUCGCCUGCAGAAAGAGCGUUCAAGAAGCUGCUGUGGCACUAAGCCAAGAGAGAAGCUGCCGGGCUCUGUGCUCUUUCUGUUGUGAGAUGGUGACCAUGAACAUACAGUCACCUGGCUGUUCUCAUGCACAAACUCACUAAAUGGUGAGAAUGGCAAAGCCCUGGAGUUAGGUACUCAGAACCAGCAACCUCACAGCUGACUGAAAAGUUUGCAGAGCCAGAGGAAUUUGGGGUGUGUGGAACAGUUCCUGAUGGUUUGGGAACAUUAAGUGUUCAGUUUCAUAAAGUACUUUGGCUUUUGUGCUUUUUUUUUUUUUAGGUUACUUAGUAAGAUCCAGAAAGAACCCGCUCUUGAUGUUGUGAGAAUGCAUUUUUUUCUCCAUUUGGGCAGGGAACAACUGGGUCCCUCCAGCUGUUUGACCCCCAACCUCUUCCCUGACCAUUACUAUACUGCCUUGGGCUGGUGUGAGUUGGAGGGUCACAGCUGCUUUAUUUACUGGAAUCUCAAAAAUACCUCAAAAACUGACAAAGGAAAUUGCUACCUUACAGUGGCUUAAACUCUACCGUCUCUCUUAGUGCAAAUGAUGUAAAUCUAUUAACUACAAUUCUUCACUACUCUUUACUUUUAUACUACCUUUCUUUGAAAGCCCUCUCAGAUUACCACUCCUCUGGCACUGGAACAAAAAGUAGCAUUACAUCCACAGCUGCACAAUUAAGACUAAUUGUUGAGCCAUAGACAAAAGUGAGUGAACAAAACACAUGUCCUGUUUUGAUGUUCCACCUCUCAUUGGAAGUCCUGUAGUUUCAUGUGCCAGAUUACAGAAGCCUCCAUCCCGGUUUCAG